CAUCUACAUGCAAUACAAACAUUGAUAUUGCAUUACUACACGGUCUAAAUUAACUAAAGCCCUAAUUGUUCGAAAAACAAAUUGAACAAAUUAGUGACACGGCAUCUACGUUUUCUUCACAUCUAAAGCGAAAAUCUGGAUAUAACUUAAAGCUUUUUAAAAAGAACUCAUUAAGAAGUAGCUGAAAUACUGCUUUGGUGUCUGCCUGAAUAAAGAUGUCAACAAACUCUAAAAAUGAAGACUUUCCUGUCGCAAACUUAGCGCAAUAUCAAAUAGAUGUGAUGAAAUCUUAUGGUGACUCGAUAGCUUUGUUAGAUUCAAAGACGAGGAAAAGUUACACUUACAGACAAGUUAUAGACCGGAUACAAAAACUUUCUGCGGGUCUUAGAGAACUUUGUUUGCGUCAAGGAGAUGUUAUAUGUGCCCUCACAUUUAACACAAUAGAAUAUCCUAUCAUAUGGUAUGCGGCUAAUCUCAUCGGAGCGACCUUCCAGACAGCUUCACCGUUAUAUACAGAUGAAGAGCUUGAAAGAAGAUUCAAAGAAUGCAACACAAAGUUUUUGGUGGCAACUCCAGAGCAGGCAAAGCGAAUUUCAAUUAUGAUUCAAAAUAUCAAACUUCGCUCGUUCUCGUUUUCUAAACCCAAUAUUUUAUCAGCAAUCAUUGUAAUUGGGGAUAACAACACGUCACACAUACAGUACGAAAGUUUAUUUACAAGUGGUAGUGUAACCACGGCAACUGACGAUAAUCCAAGAACGACUGCUUCAAUAUUGUUGUCGUCUAGCGGUACAACGGGGUUGCCAAAAUUUGUACGGUUAUCACAUAUCAACAUCAUAUCUAACAUGAUCCAUCUGAGAGACAGUUUGCAGCAGAAACCAGGUACAUGUACGGUACUGUCACUUCCGGUGUUUCAUCAUUUUGGUGUACACACCGCACUAGGGGCAGGGUUGUUUAUGGGCCUGAAAAUAGUUCUAAUGGAGAGGUUCGAGACGGAAACAUUUUUAUCUCUCAUACAACAAUACCGGGCUGAGUUUUUACAAAUUGUACCAACAAUGGCAGCUCGAUUGAUAAAAUUUGCGGACAGAGGGAAGUAUGAUUUAUCUAGUGUAAAGUUCAUCAUGACUGCAGCUGCACCUCUUGGUAUUGGUAUAGAACAACACUUGAUGGAAAUGUUUAACUUGAACUUUAUAGGACAAGGUUAUGGUCUGACAGAGACUGGGUUUAACUCCGGAAAUACAAAACAACAUUAUAAGAAAGGAUCAAGUGGAGUUAUACCAAAGGGCGUUAUUCUUAAGAUUGUAGAUAUGGAAACUGGAAGAACGUUGUCACAUGGAGCCCGUGGUGAGAUCCACGUUGGAGGUCCACAAAUUACAAUUGGCUAUCUAAAUAAUCCCGAGGCUAAUAAAACGUCAUUUGAUAAAGAUGGCUUCUUUAAAACAGGAGAUAUUGGAUAUAUCGACAAUGAGGGAUAUCUUUUUAUUGUGGACAGGGUGAAAGAGCUGAUAAAAUACCAAGGCAUGCAGGUAGCCCCGGCAUUUCUAGAAGACAUACUUGUUAAACACCCUGCUAUUGCUGAUGCAGCUGUUAUAGGUAUACCUGAUGAAGAUGCUGGUGAACUCCCUAAAGCUUUUGUUGUAAAACAACCGGGUAAAGAUAUCACGGUGAAGGAGAUUUCAAACUAUAUACACGAACAUGUUGCCCCACAUAUGAGACUACGCGGAGGGGUGGAGUUUAUAUCCGAGGUUCCAAGAAAUCCAUCAGGAAAGAUACUUCGCCGCUUUCUCCGUGACGGCAGCAGAAAAUCAAAAUUAUAAAACCAAGCCUUUUUAUACUGAACUUUUAUAAAACGGUCUUACACGUAAUUAUGGUAUAAGUUGCUUUCUGUGAUGAUAUGUUAUGUGAAUUUACAUUACAACAAUGACAACA